CAUUGAUUGUACCUUUGCAAAACUUACAGUAUUCUACCCCGGUCUCCUACUCGACUUCGCGCUCUGUCAUGUCGUUUUCGCGUGGCGAAGCGCUAGAUGAUUCGUUGGCGGCACUUCAGCAGCAAGACGAAAACCUGUCCGACGAUGACAACGCCCAGCCGGACUUAGACGGUGAAGAAGCCAUAGCCGUCGACCAGGAAGAUCCUCUUCUACUGGCUAUCGACGAUUUGGAAGGGCGGGUUGUAUCAGCAUUGGACGAAGUCAAGUUGCAUCCUGGAGUUCGAACGUCUGCGGAGACCAACGUUCACGAAGAACUCGGGACUCUUCUGCGACCGGUCUUGGAGGUUGCCGCUCACACGGGGCCUUCGAUUGCCCGAACCUAUUACCGCGGUGUGGGAUCCGACGGUGUCGAUUCCGCCGCAGAUGAUGUUUAUGAACGGACAGUCUCAGAUCUUGUGCUACCAGUGUUGCUGGAGAUGGCACAAUCCGAUAUGAUUCCAGCCAAACGUGCUUCCAGCCUUGAGUUUUUUCGUCAUUUGUGGCAAGAAUGGCACAAAGCUGGUAGCUGGCUUGAUAGCACGACUUCCGGAUCAGGCACUGGUCCGCAUGGUGCUGGUGGAUCCAGUGGGGGAGGAACUACGGUUCCUCGCCAUUUGCUAAAACGACGCAAAGACAAGCGUCUGGCUCGUGAAGGGGAACUUCUACGAUACUGGGUACAAGCCUCCAUAGCUUGCACACUUCCGGGGGUGUUUACAUCCGAGAACGCAGAAAGCGCAACAGCUUCGCGUGGAAUUAUCGCUGCAUCUGCCUCUCUCCGGCCUAGUUUGAAACACAUCGUUCAACGUAUCAAAGACGCCGACGAUCGUGGUGCGAAUCGUCUAUAUGCGCCGGUAAUGAAAAUGGUUGAAGGUGUCUUGAAAAAGCUGUUUCUCAGUCAACAAGGAGAGGCGGUUCUGUCUGCUUGCAUCAAAUUCUUAGAGAUUGUAAUACUGUGUUGUUCGAGGAAACCUCAGGAAGCGGCCGCACGACGCCGUGGCCAAAACAUCAUGGAGGAUUUCUCCCUGGAUGACCUCCCAGAGGGUCACCCAAUCAUUACGCGUGAAGCCCUUGAAUCGAUUGCGGAAUACGCUUUUACAACUCUUCGAGGGUUGACGCUUUUAGGGGGGCAGGUCAAAAUCGAUGUCAACGUCCUGUCAGAUAUGAUGCUCGGCGUGGGAAACGAUGGUGUGCCAUCAACGCAGGUAGUUUCUAUUCUAAAGCCAGCGGCACUUGCAUAUCUUGAUGUUGAGUCGUCUUUCGUCUCGAAAGAUGGCAACGACUCUCUCAACGUCGGUGUAGACCGGUCCAGCUUGGAUUUCGAUUUCAUGUUGGCCCAAAAAUCAUAUGCUCUUACUAUCAACGCCAUAUCAGCAUUGGCGAUGAACAGGCCCAUUUUCUUCGAAGAUGCCGCUACCUGUUUGGCUCGUCGGGCAGCACACCCUCCAGAGCUUUCAAAGGGCGGGGCUCUCUCGGAUUCCGCUGCCAAGGCUGUGACCUCCCAGCUUCGGGCUUCAUGCUUGACGUUGCUCCGCAAUUCCCUUUCUGUUACGACAAGCUCAUUUCGUAUUCUUCACAAAGCGCUUUCUGGCUUUGACAUGGAGCAACAAGCUGAUAAGGCCUUGGGUAUGGCGCGCCAUGCAAAUUCGCUGAAGACGGCCGGUCGCGCAGCGCGAAACCGGGCCAACAUUUAUUAUGAGUGGGAAAGCAGCGGCAACGAACAACGUGCAACCAAGCGACAGAGAGAGACUGACGAUGCACUGGCCAAAAUGCGUGCGGCAAAGGCAGCACGAGGGUUGGGACACGGUAUCCAGCUACCCUCGAACAUGUCUGAUGCCGUAGAAUUGAUUUUGAGCAAUCUGAGCCAUCUACCAGAAAAGCGACCAUCUGCUAGUUCCAAGACACGAAAAGUAGCAGUAACACUGAAUUUCAUAGUCGAUGCAGUGAUGACCAAUGGUGCUUCACUUUCUCAAGAAGAGGGACGGUGGUAUGACCGAGAUGGGGGCGCGUCAUGGGCCUUUGAUAAAGAAGCGGACGACCAUUUCCGACUCAGCUCAAAAUUCAUCGCGGACUUUGACGAAAGUACUAUUCAAUCAGAAACUCUUGACAACGCGCGCACGAAAAGGCGAAAGCUAAUGCAAGAGCAGUGCGGUUCUGCGGCAUCGGAUGCAGUACACAGGAUGAUUUCGACAAGUAAAAAUUAUCGGUCAAAGCACUUGGCUGACUUUGGAAACAAGAUCGCGGCUAAGCUUUUAUUUACUCUGAGUCGCAUGAAAGCUGUUUCGGAGACAGAGCCAUUGAGCACGAGUGAAGUCGUUACUAGAUUGUAUCGCAAGGUCGGUGAUUCUAAGGUCGACGCGAUUACGAAAAAGUUUAUCGAAGCCUAUCCAUUGGCAGUAUCUUACCUGGGCGUGGACUCAUACCAAAUGAAGCAAAUAUCUACUACGCUUGACUUCUCAAUCAACGAGCGCAUAUUGAACGAAGCACUUGUGCACUGCUGCGCUGACUCCGAACUAUAUAACCACAGCGAUACUCCUGGUCUUUGGAAAUACGAUUCGAGUCUGGACAUAUUUGUGGCAUCAGCUGUGUAUGCGUGCGAGCAAGCUGAUGAGAAACCAGGCGACAAGGUUCGGCAAAAAAUAGCUGCUCAGUCGGCUUCUAUUUUGCAACGAGAUGUCGAGAAGCUCCCUCGUCUGACUGUACGAAGCCUUCGACUUGUUUGUGCGAUUUGCGAUGUUGAAAGUAUUACAAAAAAGGCUGCCGAAGCCGCCAGAAAAUUUGGGCAGGAAGCUAUAUCUGCAUCGGCUGCUGUGCACGCAGCCAAAGUUGCAGCUGAGAAACGUGCAACAUCUGCGCUGUUGAUACUCAGAGAUGCCGCAUUCCAACGAGAUUCAGUGGACAUUCGGAAAGGUGCUGUCGAUUGUGCUGUUGGCAUAGCCACCGGACGAGUGCCGUCCAAUAACAUUAUUCAAGACAAAGCCCUUAAGCUUGUAAUGAACGUACUAUUUCCAAAGAGUGAAAGCUUGUCGUCUGCCGUCGUUGGCUCUGCAACAGAAGAGCUUCAUUUUGCUUUUCGAUUUGCUGUGGAAAAAUACGAUGAAAUUCAGCUGGCCAAUGGAAUCAUUGAAAGUAAAGGUGAUUACUCAAUGAAGAAUCCUUUGGCCGCACAAAGCGAUAAAGAAAAGGAAGUUUUUGACAAAUUGCGGAAGCCUGUUGUUUUGUACAUGGCACUUUGUGUCCGGAAUCCAAAGAUGAUCGAGACUUUGUUCAAGACAUGUAGUGGUGGCCGUGCCGACGCUCUUUCCAAGGUUGUUCGUGCAAACAUGCCAAAGUUAUCGCGUGCAGUAGCGGCAAAACACGGGACAGCAUCAACCGCGAUCGGCGUUGCUUCCGAGACAAAAGCAAACGAAGUACCUAUGCUACUUUCAUUCCUCGAGAAUCUAACAUCCUCUCCAGACGAAGAAUUAAUACAAGCAUGCUACCAAAUCCAGGAUUUGAAGCUUACAGUGGAUGGCAAAAAGGACCCGCGCUUUAUUAUUCCGGUGGUUUCGGCCAUGAAGAGAAAAGAUAUAGUGGCGCGUCUCCCAGAGUUUGUCUUAGCCGAAGACAAGAUAUUUUUGGCCGCCUUGGUGCAUUCCAGUGACAGGGUUGGGAGGCACGCGUUAAUUUUCCGCGACGAACCAGAUACUGAGAAUCCUACUCUGCGUGGAAUGACGCUUUGCGAACAGCUUGUUUUCCUGCAUAAGCUAGACUUCGCAGCCGCAUCAAUUCCCCAGAAACGAUAUCUUGCAGCAAUCAAGCUUUGCCUUGAGGAUGAUGGAGUUUACAACGACCGAGUGGUUAUGGCUGCCUUGGACUACCUCAGCGGCAUGUUUCUGGCCGGAACGGAGAAACUCCCGCUUGCCUUUAUGCGCACGUGCAUUUUACCUGCACUCUUGGAUCGCGCACCUUUUGCUGCCACGGCUCGUGGAUGGACGAAUCUUUGA